GAGAGGGUGAGGAUGGCGGAGAGAUGACGGAGAGGGUGAGGAUGGCGGAGACUGGAGCUCAGCUAUUAGCCAGAGUUGCAGGGCGACAGUCACUGAAAGACAUCGGUCAGCAUGUUUUUCCUGAAGACGGUGGACCGGCACAAGGUGAUGUUGUCGAAUUUCACGGAGUUGAGGGGAGCGGAAAGACUGAGAUGCUGUAUCACUUUAUGAUCCACUGCGUCCUCCCCAAGGACAGCGGGGGGCUGGAAGUGGAGGUGGUCUUUAUAGACACAGACUACCACUUCGACAUGCUGAGGCUGGUGAGCAUCCUGGAGGCCCGCUUGACCCCGACAGCCGAAGAAAACGCAGACAGCGCUGAGAGUGAGACAGAGGAGGCGGUGCGCUCCUGCCUGCGGCGGCUCUCCGUCGUCCACUGCUCCAGCUCGGUCCAGCUGCUCCUCACGCUUCACUACCUGGAAGGCACGUUCUGCAGCCGGCCGGCUCUCUGCCUGCUGGUCAUAGACAGCAUCUCCGCCUUCUACUGGGUGGACCGCAGCAGCGGGGGCGAAAGUUUGGCCCGGCAGGAGGCUAACCUGAGGAAAUGCGCCGAGCUGCUGAAUAAGUUCCGCAGAGACUACGGCAUUGUGGUUUUUGCCACUACACAUGCUAUUAUGAGGAACUACUCGUCUGCAGCCGGCUCCACGCCACAUGGGUCAUCGGAAGCGAGCGGCUCUACUCCUUCCUGGAGGAACUUUACGGACUUCGACAAGCCGUAUCUUUGCAGAACAUGGCAGAGGAUCCUGACACAGAGACUGGUGUUCUUGAAAAGUGAGCGAAGUCCUGUGGAUCAAAAACAGGUGUUCACAGUUGCGUGUAGCACAGUCAGGACAAAAGGUGUUAAAAAAUGCACGUUUUAUGUCACAGAAGACGGGAUUAAGUUCAUUGAAGGGCAGUGAAUGAGUGUAUGUUUACUGCCAGUGUCAUGUUAGAGUUUUGCACCUAAGCACUGUGUGCAGUUCAUGGUGAACAGACCACCAGAAAUGGUCCAAAAUGACCUACAAUAAAAUCUUGUUGCAAUAAA